CUCAGCGGCUUCGCAGUUAGCUAGCUAGCUACCUACAAUAAUGACAAUAUUUAAUGAAAUAGGAACGACUUCGAGACGUUUUGAUGCGUACUGUGGGAUUUUUUGCCUAAAUCAGGAUGUCCAUUUACAGUUUUUGUUCACUAUGAAGCUAUAGUGUUUGCAAACAGAGACCACCUGAAGAAUAUUCAGAUAAGAGAGAAGAGGAGAAAAUUGUACAUAACCUCAAUCUAAUCUCGCUUUAAGAUACAACGACAUGGCACUGAGAGAGCUGAAAGUUUGUCUCCUUGGGGAUACUGGAGUUGGAAAAUCAAGUAUUGUUUGUAGAUUUGUGGAGGACAGCUUUGACCCAAAUAUCAACCCAACUAUUGGCGCAUCGUUCAUGACCAAGACAGUGCAAUACCAAAACGAGAUGCAUAAAUUCCUAAUCUGGGACACGGCAGGACAGGAGCGGUUUCGUGCUCUGGCGCCGAUGUACUACAGAGGUUCAGCGGCGGCCAUCAUUGUUUAUGACAUCACAAAAGAGGAUUCCUUCCAAACUCUGAAGAACUGGGUGAAAGAGCUUCGCCAGCAUGGACCUCCUAAUAUAGUGGUCGCCAUUGCUGGCAACAAAUGUGACCUGUUAGACUCCAGAGAAGUGCCAGAAAAAGAUGCCAAGGACUAUGCUGAUUCCAUCCAUGCAAUCUUUGUGGAAACCAGCGCCAAGAAUGCCAUAAACAUCAACGAGGUGUUUGUAGAGAUAAGUAAGAGGAUCCCUGUUGCUGACAGUGCAGCAGCAACAUCAGGCAAAAGUUUCAAAUUGGGACGGCAGGUCUCAGAGUCCCGACGGACGUGCUGCUGAUAAUUUUGGUGGCUGAACUCGACGCGACCUAAGAACUAAAUGUUACCCACCCCGCUAUUCUCCUGGUGUGCUUCAGCUUAAAGACACAACACACUAUAAAAUGUUUUUUUUAAAAACCCCAACAAACACUCAUAUCUGGUCACUGCAGCUUGACUAGGACAGCAGCAGCCAAGACCUUUUUUUUUUUUUUGCAAAAUAUGAUUUGUAUUAAAAAUGAUUGAGGAAGAACUUUUCAGGUUUUAAACCAAACUUUCAUACCUUAAUGGUGAUAAGUGAAGCUUUCCAGUGUUCUCCGUGGAAGUCACUUAUAUUUGUACACUUGUACAUUUGUAAAAAAGAAAACAACAAUAUUUUCUGUCAGCAAAAAAAUUAAUGAUGCAUUGAAGUAAUUUUUUUUAAAAGUUCUAAGUUAUUUUUUUUAGGCAAAAAAAUAAUCUCAGCUUCAUGAAGGAUCUCCACUUUGAUGUUUAUAUGUAAUUUAUUUAUAUGCUCUUUUUAUUGCGUGAUUUUUAUUUUGUUCCAAACAAAGCAACCCUGCUCCCCAAACCCACCACAUGUUCACUAGAUGCAAACAACAAUCAUGCAGCAAACAAUGCAGAAAUGAAAGACGUGUGGGAGUCUACUUCCUUUACACCGAGGGAAUACUUCAACAUUUUGGUUGAAAGGUGAUGGGACAUUUACACUUUGGUAAAUGUCCCAUUACUUCAUGAAGUUUAAUAAGUCCCAACUAUUUUAUGUACCUUGUCUAGAGUGUGGACUAAAAUUAGAGUUGGUUUGCUGAUGCAUUAUUAGGACAGAUGCAGGCUAACCUGCGUUAAAAACGUGUGAAGUCAGUGUGCAUGCCUGUUAGAAGUCCUUCUUUGAAUGGCUGUUAUUCUUCUCUCUUUGGCUUUGAAGAAUAGUCUCUUUGGCACUUGUAAGGUUCCUGGGAAUAAUACGUUAUUACUGUAAUUUAACCUCUUUGAUCAGAAGAACCUCACAUGCAGCAGCUCUGUGUUUAAUCAGAGCUUUAAACAGUGGCUAAUUAUUCUGUGUUAACGCCGCCAUCUCCUGCCAUCUGUUCUACAUUUCCUCAUUAUAGUCACAGAAGACGCCCUCCACUUCACAUCCCCGUGCUAACUGUUCAUCCUUCUUUUACUUUCCAAACUGUUUAAUGGGGAAAGUUUUUUUCACUGAUUCUUUAAUUGUCCAAUAAGGAUGUUUUCAUCC